GUCACAGGGCAGCCCAGCGUGCUCUACUAUGCAGGCUCCAUCCUCCAGGAUGCGGGCUUCUCGGCUGCCACUGAUGCCACCCGGGUGUCGGUGCUGCUGGGUCUCUUCAAGCUGGGCAUGACGGGCGUGGCCAUCGCCACUGUGGACCGCUGGGGCCGCCGCCCUCUGCUGCUCGCUGGCGUCUCCGGCCUCGUGGCGAGCCUGGUGCUGCUGGGGUGGACGUACAGCAGCCUCAGCGGCGUGCCCGCCCUCAGUGUGCUCGCCCUGCUGCUCUUCGUCGGCUGCUACCAGGUGUCGUUUGGCCCCAUAGCAUGGCUAAUGGUGUCGGAGGUGUUUCCUCUGCCGGUGCGGGGCCGAGCGCAGAGCAUCGCCACGCUCCUCAACUUUGCCUCCAACGCCCUCGUCACCUUCGCCCUGCCGCCCAUUCAGGGCGCGUUGGGGCAAGCAGGCACGUUCUACUCGUUUGCCACCAUCGGUGCUGGAGCCCUCCUCUUCAUCUACCUGUGGGUGCCCGAGACCAGAGGGCUCCAGCUGGAGGAGAUUGAAGCAAAGCUAGUCGCCGGCAAGAUAUGA